GCACGUGCGCGGUGACGUCGACGCGCCAACGUGACUGGCGGUCGUGGCGCUCUGGGUUUCUGGGCCCGCACCGGUUCCAAUCCGGCGGCGAGAGCCGUGGGCCCGCGAUUCAGUUUGAGCGCGCCGCGCUGUGUGAAUCUGCGAGGCCGUUGGGAAGGGUCGUCUCUUGUAGCCUCUUCCCCCGGGCCUGCGGCUCCGCGUCCCAGAUGGACAAGGUGUGCGCCGUGUUCGGAGGCUCCCGGGGCAUCGGCAGGGCGGUGGCCCGCUUGAUGGCCCAGAGAGGCUAUCGAUUGGCCAUCGUCGCCCGGAAUCUGGAGGGGGCCAGAGCCGCGGCCGGGGACCUGGGCGGAGAUCAUUUGGCAUUGAGCUGUGAUGUUGCCAAAGAACAUGAUGUUCAAAAUACAUUUGAAGAGAUAGAGAAAAAUUUAGGUCGUGUUAAUUUCUUGGUAAAUGCAGCUGGAAUUAACAGGGAUAGCCUCUUAGUAAGGACAAAUACUGAAGAUAUGCUGUCUCAGCUCCAUACUAACCUCCUGGGCUCCAUGCUGACCUGUAGAGCUGCCCUGAAGACAAUGAUUAAACAGCAGAGAGGAUCCAUUGUGAAUGUAGGAAGUGUUAUUGGUUUAAAAGGCAAUUCUGGCCAGUCUGUAUACAGUGCCAGUAAAGGAGGAUUAGUCGGAUUUUCACGUGCUCUUGCCAAAGAAGUGGCAAAAAAGAAAAUUAGAGUGAAUGUAGUUGCACCAGGAUUCAUUCACACAGAUAUGACGAAAGACUUGAACGAAGAACAUUUAAAGAAGAAUAUCCCUCUGGGAAGGUUUGGAGACGCCCUCGAUGUGGCCCAGGCGGUCGUAUUUCUUUUAGAGUCUCCGUAUGUGACAGGGCACGUCCUGGUGGUGGAUGGCGGCCUGCAGCUCACCAUGUAGCCGAGCCCCGUCACUGCCUUUGGAGUCACGGGCAAUCUCUGUUGUACCUGUGUUUGCUAAUCAAACCUGCUGAUGCUACAGAUGUUGAUUUCUGUCUUCAUACAAAUAUGUCUGUAAAGAACAGUGGGAGAGCAGCUGCGUUUUCCAAAUGACACGUGUCUUAUGGGCAGUGUUAGUGUCCAGUCCCUCCUCACAGGGAUUCCCUUCAGGAGCCCUGGUCUUCACAUGUUCCUGCCCCUUGUGAAAACAGUGUCCUGGGUCUGUGUGUAACCUCUGUAUACUUCACAUCAUCUCCGUUGUUCAGUCACUAACUUGUGUCUGACUCUUUGCAGCCCCUCACACUGUAGCCGGCCAGGCUCCUCUGUCCAUGGAAUUUUCCCAGCAAGAAUACUGGAGUGGGUUGCCAUUUCCCUUUCCAAGGGAUCUUCCCGACCCAGGGAUUGAACCUGUGUCUCCUCGUCUUCUGCUUUGGCAGGUGGAUUCUUUACCACUGAGCCACCAGGGCAGCCGGAAUCUGAGUCAUUCUUAGAUUACAUGUAAUACUAACACAGUGUAAAUGCUGUGUAAAUAGUUGAAACACAGUGUAAAUGCUAUAUAAAUAGUUGAUUUUUGGAACUUUAAAAAACAUAUUUAGACAGUAAAAACUUUAAAAAAUAUAUUUUCUACCCAUAGUUGGUUGAACCCAUGGCUGUUGAGGCCGGAUGCAGAGGGCCAACUGUCUAGAUAUUUUUCAAGUAAUAAAACAGACGUUAUCUUAAUUUAUGCAUUUUGUUACACAAGUAGGAAAAACUAUGAGUCUGAUUGUCAUUAGAUACUUCGUUGUGAUAGCUUACGGAGAACGGUGUUGGAUUGGUGAUCUCCGAAGAAGAUUUAACUUUGGGACCAGGGACCAGGGUUGAUCACUCAAGAGCUUUUGUGGAGCAAGAGUUUUAUUAAAGCAGAAAGGGACUGAGAAAGCUUCUGACACAGACAUCAGAAGGGGGACAGAGAGUGCCCCCCUCACUAGUGUUAGCAAGGGGGUUAGAUACUUUUUUAUUAAUUGUUGCAAUAAAAGAAUUUCUCAAGUUUGUGAAAAUUUUAUCAGACCCACUCCCACAAUUUACAUUUUAAGAUAACGGGAUUAGAAUUUAACAGAGAGAUCCUACCAGACCCACUCCCAUAAUACACAUUUUAAGAUAUCAGGAUUAGAAGGUUUUCAGGAAGGAGAAACUGUCCUCAAGCAGGAUACAUUGUUGUUAUAUAAACCUUAGAACAAAGUUUAAACUGAGUUGUUUGUUGUGUAAUCAUCAGUUCUGGGCUUAAAGAAAAAAAUGUUUUAUGUGACUAAGACUAAAGAAUGUAGAGAAAAAAAAGCUUUCGUCCUUUUCUCCUCCUUGAGAACCCCAGACCUCUCUCUCCUCAGGGACCCCUGGACUUCUUAUCAACCUGCCUAGGAAUUGGCUCUCUCAGCUGUACUGGGCCGAAUACUCUAGAAGUUAACCUGGCAGGCCAAGUGCAAGUUAGACAAGCACACCGAAGCAGGAGGACCUGAAGGGCAUCAGGCAGGUACCUUAGCACGCCUGCUGGAGUUACCCACUGCAGCCCUCCGUCCGUCUCCUGAAUAGUCAGCUGUUACACAGGCUGAGAAGAGCAGUUAGACACAGACGUGACUGGAGUCUGGUUUCUUUGGUGGCACUGCUUCUGUGUGAGCAGCUGGGUACAACAGACUACACUGGGCAGAGGAGCCUGGUGGGCACGGUCCAUGGGGCCAGAACUGGACACAACUUAGUGACUGAACAGCAGGUGUGGAUGGCUGAUGUGUCCUGUGGAAAUCUCAGGGAUGGUGUGGUUAACCCUUGGUUUUAGUACCUGGUCCAGCUGUGAGUUGCAUAGACCUCAUCAGUUUAGGAUGUGGAACUGGUGUUUCGUGGGUUGUGGUUUUUUUUAAUUCCUCAAAACUCUCAAUUAGCUGGCUUCUUAGAAACAGCAUAAGAAAUAAUGAUAUUUUAAAAAUUAAGAAUUUUUGUGUCAAUGAAAAUAAUGAUUCUUAUGUGAAAAUUUUAGAAAAAUAAUAAUUGUGAACAGUCAUUGGUAAAUAUGCAGUAAUAGUGAGUGCAGUGUCUUCACAAGGAGCAGGUAAAGCAUUAGUCUUAAAUGACAAUACUUGUCUGAGACUAGAAAUGUCACAAAUCGAGUGAAAACAUCAGAUGAUACCUGUUUUGCAUUGAUCUCCUUUGUGAGAAUAGCAUGAUAAUUGUAAAUAUCACUGGGUUCAGGUUGAUUUUUAUUAUCAUUUCAAAUGUUUUAAAUAUUUAUUGCAUUUUAAAAAGUAAUCUUUUUACAGUUUAAUUGGAGCUGAACAUCAUUUUAUGUAAACAGAUUAAUUUUAUUGAAAGUCGGUACAAAAGUAUGAAUAGGGUAUAAAAUGCAGACUGAUAAAAAUAAUAAAGUCAAAUCUGUAUUCUAAAUCAAGAUUCAUGAUUCCUUAAAAAUUCUUUUACACUGAUCUUCAAAAUAGUCUUUACUAGAGAAGUCUGUUCAGGAGGUAAAAAAGUCAGUAAGCUUCUGUUACCAGCCAGGUUGUCUGCUCGGUGCAGAGACGGCAGCCCCAUGCAGAACUGACUGCGUGGGAAAGCAGCAGUCGGCGGUUUCAAGUUCCGCAGAAAGGACACGCCUUGCCAGCGCUGACCCCGGGCCGGCUCCCCUCUCUGGCUCCUCACGAGGCCGCCUUGGCUGGCGGUCAGGAAGGAAGCAGGUAACCACUUGAAAUAACAUCACUGAGGUGUGAGUUACAGAUGGAUUUAACAUUCAGUUGUGUGUAUUCACACGUUGAGAAAUGAGCCCUUUUACACUGUCCACCGCUCCUGCCGACAUCAGACUGGUGGAGGGUGAAGUGAGGACGUGAACAGGCACGGGGAGCCUCGGCCCUGGGGUGCUCCUGGCCAGAUGCUGCAGCCAGGUGGUGGCUGUCAGUCACAUGCAGAGGUUCGAGAGCUUCCGUGACUUCUUAACAAGAAAACUCAACUGAAGGUGUUACCUGGCGCUUGCGCACCAACAGUCCAGCCUGGAUCUAAGGCUUUUUAGAAACUGGUUUAUGGUUAAAGCUAGGGUCAACAUUUUUGCAUGGAACGUUUUAAAAGUUGUGCUUCUAUUUCUUUUUCUUCCAUAAUCAGUUUAUAAGAGGAUUUUAAACUGCUUUCUAGGAGAAAACUGUAUUAUAAAUUUGGGGGCGAUGAUUUACGUGAAGAUGAUUUAAUGCGCAUGCUUGUGUUAUCUAGAAUAAAGUGAAAUUAUUCAAGAA